CAACGUCAGAGAUAAACAGGAUUAUCAAUUUUCUAUCAAUUGUUAUUGUUUUUUUUUCUCUUCAAGUUAAUUGAUUUUUUAAGUCGGUAAUUGAUCAAUUGUCACACUAAUUAAAUUGAUUGUGAUUCUAAUUUCUAAUUAAUUCCACAAAAAACAUUCGUUUUCUCCCUCAUGAUGAUGUUGCACAAAUGCACGAAGAUGAUAAUCUCCCGCCAAAUGAUCUCACCAAGAUGUUCCAUCAUUUGCCAUUCUCAGUUCGGAAGAGGAACCAUCAUCCCUUGUACCAUCAGACUAUUCGGUUCAAUGGAUUCUCCAGCAACAGUCAUUCCAACAACAACAACAUCUUCCAAUCUUCAUCAUCAAUCCAAACCAAUAAAUGCUCAUCACCUUAAAGAAGCUCGAUCACCACACCUAAGAUCUUGUCAACAAGAAUGUUCUGAACCAGUUGAUGCCAAAGUUAUCGGUUCGAUUCCAUCUUGGGUCAAAGGUUAUCUACUUCGAAAUGGACCUGGUUUACGGAAAAUUGGUACAGAUGAAUAUCGGCAUCUAUUUGAUGGACUGGCACUUAUUCAUCAAUUCACCAUUGAUUCAGGUCAUGUUACUUAUCGGAACAAAUUUCUCCGAUCGGAAGCUUAUAAACGGAACAUAAAAGCAAAUCGUAUCGUUGUCUCUGACUUUGGUACUCGUGCUUAUCCCGAUCCGUGUAAAAAUUUACUCGAACGGUACAUGAGCUACUUUUCAUUCAAACAAUUUACUGACAAUGAUUCAGUGAGUAUCUACCCGGUGGGUGAUCAACUUUAUGCCUCAACCGAAUCAACUUUCCUCCAUAGAAUUGAUCCAAAAACCAUCGAUACCAUGAACGGCGUUGACCUGGCCCAAUAUGUAACCGUUAACACUCAAACUGCUCACCCACACAUUGAACCAAACGGAAUCGUCUACAAUUUAGGAUCAAAUUUCAGCGGCAAGGGAACUUACAAUGUAAUCAAAAUCGAUCCAAAUGUAUCAUCAGGAUUUACUUCCGCUUCCCUUUUAGCGACAAUUCCAGUUCGAAAUCAAAUGUACCCUUCAUAUUAUCACAGUUUCCUGGUUACUCAAGAUUAUAUCGUCUUCAUUGAACAACCUUUGGUCACAUCGAUUCCCUCAAUUUUGAUCAAUCACUUCAUCGGCGGAGCUUAUUGUAAAGCUUUAAAAUGGCGACCAGAGUUCAAGACUCGUUUCAACGUGAUUGACAAAUCAACUGGAAAACUGAUCUCAUCUAAUUAUGUCAGUGAUGCAUUUGCUUUCUUUCAUACAAUCAAUGGAUACCAAGAAGAUGAUCACAUUGUCUGUGAUAUUUGCUGUUACGAAGAUGGAUCCAUUGUAAAUGCUUUAUUUGCUGAUACACUUUCAAAAAUCAGUGAACAAUCAGCUGAUACUAAAAAGGAAUCAGUUAAUUAUUACCAAUCCCUCAGAUCACAAGCUCGUCGCUAUGUUUUACCUUUAAACGUUGAUUCAAAAUCAGAUAAGUCUAUUGAUAAUUUAAUCACUUUGAAAGAUUCCAAAGCCAAAGCUAAACGUAAUGGAGAUGAAAUUGAAAUUACUCACGAACCUUUAACAACUACUGGUUCAAACAUGGCUGAAAUGCCACAGAUUAAUUAUCGACAUUAUAAUGGUAAAAAAUAUCGAUACUUUUACUCAAUCACUCGACGAGAUGAUUUUCUGGCUCAACUGAUGAAAUGUGAUGUUGGUAAUAAGCAAACAAUCAUCUGGUCGGAUGAAGGAUGCGCUCCGUCUGAACCCGUUUUCAUCCCGAGGCCUGGGGCGAUAGAUGAAGAUGAUGGUGUGGUUCUAUCAGCUGUUCUCUAUGAGAAAAUUGAAAAUGAAGGUUUUCUCCUUGUUCUUGAUGGUAAAACGUUCAAGGAAUUAGCUAGAGCCCAUUUUAAAACGCCUGCGGCGAUAACAAGUGAUUUCCAUGGACUUUUUUGUCCAAUACAAUCAAAGGACCAAAUAAUCAGCAACGGAUUAAAUUGAUAUCAAAUUGAAAGAUUUUAAUCCAAUUCCUUGAGAAAAAAAUUCUCUUUCAAUCAUCAGAUGCUCUUAUUGUUAAUUGUUAAUUGUUGUUCCUAAUUGUUGCUACAGUUUUCAUGCCUUUUCGAGUACAAAAUCAAAAUGAAAGUUUAAUCCUCGACAAUUUAAUCAUCUUGUAACAAUUAAUGUUUAUUUUUCUCUCUCUCUAAUCAACUUUCCGCAAUCAAAUGAUUACUUUUAAUUGUUGUCACCAAUCAUCAAAUGUUUCCAAUUGAUAUUCCAAUCAUCAUGACCAUAGGUUUGAAGACAAUUUAAUUGUGACAAUUUGAUCAUAUAACACAUUUCAAAAUGUUAAUCAUCUUAAUCAUAGUCUCGACAAUUAGUCACAAUCAACAAUCAAAACAACAUCAACCAAUCAAUAGUGAAAAUAUUGUAAACUAAUUGUUUGGAAAAAUUCAAUUUUCUAAAUUAUCAAUCAUUUUUGAUAUAUAUAAACACACUUGAUGGAUAAUCUUAAUUGUAAUUAACUAUUUUAAUUGGAUAAUCUUUAUUUUCUGUUGUUAAUUAAGGUUAUUAUUUUCACAUUAUAAUAAAACAAAAUAAACUUAUUCACAAUUA